AUGGCAGUUCCUCAAUUAGACCCUGCAAAGCUCCAGCUGGUGCAAGACCUGGAGAUUGAGAUGAUGUCUGAUAUGUACAAUCGUCUUAUAGGAGCCUGUCAUCGAAAAUGUAUACCUGUUAAAUAUUACGAACCUGAACUUGGAAAAGGUGAAUCAGUAUGUCUGGAUAGAUGUGUUGCAAAGUACCUGGAUGUACAUGAGCGAAUUGGUAAGAAGCUAUCUAACAUGUCUCAAGGAGAAACUGAAGAUUUAACGAAAAUUAAUCUACAGGAAAAGAAAUAA